AUGGUCAUAAAAUGCAUACCAUGGCAUCACUUAGGCACCUCGAAUAGGUUGGAUGGAUCACUCUCAAAGAUGGAUCUUGGUCCUCGGAAAAACUCUCGAAACAGCCUGAUGAUCCAAUUCUUUACGUGGGACACCCUGCACCCUAAUAUGAGCUGGUGGGCGCAUUUUGAACAGGAGGUGCCCAACCUUGCGGAUCUGGGUGUCACUCAGGUUUGGCUUCCUCCACCCAAUAAGGCAACGCACCAGCUCGGGCAAGGAUAUGACGCUUAUGACCUGUGGGACCUUGGGGAGUUCGAACAGAAGGGCUCAGUUAGCACCAGGUGGGGCACUAAACAGGAACUUUUGAGAGCCAUUUCAGUCGCAAAAGCGAACGGAAUUGACGUCAUGAUUGACGCUGUCCUAAAUCAUAAGCUGGGCGCGGAUCGGGUGGAGACUUUCCUUGCGGUUCGUGUAGAUAGCGAUAACCGUCUGAAAGACUUGGGACCUGUGACAGAGAUAAAUGGGUGGACUGCGUUUGAUUUUCCUGGGAGAGCUGGAAAGUACAGCUCAAUGCGAUGGAACCACGAGCAUUUUACAGCAGGACUCGACUGGGAUGACAGAAGUCGCACCCAGGGUAUUUACCGCAUUGCCGGCGAUAGCAACAAAAAAUGGUCUCCAAAUGUGGAUAAAGAAUUUGGAAACUAUGACUAUCUGCUAGGGGUCGAUAUCGACCAUCGCCAUCCAGACGUCCGAAAAGAUCUGGUGAAUUGGGCGGAUUGGGUGCUAGGCACAACAGGCGCUACAGGCUUUCGUCUAGAUGCAAUCAAACAUAUGGACAGGCGCUUUUUAAGCGACUGGAUCAGGAGAGUCCGCCAAGGUCCAAAAAGAUCUCGUGCGUUCAUUGUAGGCGAGUACUGGUCAGGAAACGUGAAACUUAUUCUAUCAUACAUCCGAGCAUUUAAAGGACAAUUGGCCUUCUUCGAUGUCCCUUUGCAUAGUAAUUUUCACGAAGCUAGUCAGAGGGGACCAAAAUAUGAUCUGCGAAGGAUCCUAGAUGCCAGUGUUCUCAAGGCACGUCCGGGCGAUGCCGUUAUAUUCCAAAUCGGACAAACCCUCCAGAGCUGGGUGUGUCAAGCGAUCUGUGUCCAAUUCUACGCACUAAACCCCCUUCAGGUCGACUCCAAUUUCAAACUACAAGCCUAUGCAUUGAUAUUGCUUCGAGGAGAGGGACAUCCCUGCGUGUUCUACGGAGACCUGUACCCCAAUCACGAAUGUUACGAUGAACACACUGCACGCGGGCUCCGUGUGCUCAUGAGGAUUCGAAAACAAUUCGCGCAUGGCUCGCUCAGGGAGUAUCUUCACCACCCAAACUGCAUCGGGUUUGUCCGGACAGGAGAUCCAGAGCAUGGUGGGGGUUGCGUAGUAGUGAUUUCCAACGCGAGGCCAGAGGCCAGGACCAACGAUCACUCGCAUUUAAUUCGCAUGAACGUCGGUCCUCACCAUACAAGUACGGCAUACGUGGGGGCAUUCGCGCCCUUCGCGCGCGUCGACAUCACAAAGGAUGGCUGGGGAUUCUUCUCGUGUCAACCGGGCUCUAUCCAAGUUUGGACUCUCAUCGAUCCAGAGCCUUGA